AUCUUAUCAGAUACGCCUCACCGCACACACGUUCCGUCGGUCCUCUCCUUUCCUCCAUCUCCCAUGCCAUCCUUUCGUCUCGUGGCGGCCUACUCCACAGUCUUUGCCUUCAUUAUCUAUAUCCUUAUCUCAGGUAUCCAUAACGAAGUUGGAGAGUUAUUCCUAACCAGUUCGAAGAACAAAUUCCCAGAUUUCAGUCUAUACAGGCAGUUGGAUACACUCAAUGCCCAUGAUUUUCCAAUAGAUGACCCAACCCGUCGCGUUAUCAUCGUAGGCGACAUACACGGCAUGUUCGAUCAUUUACAAGCACUCCUUGCCAAGUUAUCCUAUGAGCCGUCUUCGGAUGUCCUCAUCAGUGUUGGCGAUAUUGUCACUAAGGGACCGCAUACUGGCUCCACCGAAGUCCUGUCCUACAUGGCGUCUAACAAUAUCACCGCCGUCCGCGGAAACCAUGAUCAAAAGGUCAUUGAAUGGCGUUCUUGGCUAAACUGGAUACACUCUCUGCGCGGCGGCAGCCAGUUCCUCCGAGAGACCCGAGACAAAUGGAAUAAAGCCCAAUACCAUGGAGAGAUUGACAUCGAAGAUUGGGUAGAGAAACAGACGAAACUCGAUAAGGCCAACAGCAACUGGUGGAAGAAGAUCCCUGAUGGUUGGAAGCUGUUUGGUGAUCACUUUGAAAUUGCUCAUACUAUGAGCGACAAGGAGUUUGAGUACAUGGUUUCUCGGCCGCUGAAGCUGCAUGCGCCUUUCGCACAUGCCUAUCUUGCUCAUGCUGGCAUCCUUGCGUCCGAUCCGCACUAUGAACCCUCGUACAAAAACCAACCAUUGGCUCGGGUGCCUGUCAUAUCCCCAGGCCCCCCGCCGGACACUGACAUCCUUAGACGUCUGCAAGAACUUGCUGUUCUCACGGAGGUCCCCCAGAAUUUGGACCCAUGGGUAACCCUCAACAUAAGAGGCGUCAAGAAUAUGGAAGUUACCAGAGGCAAAGAUGGUACACCCUGGUCUGAAUUGUACAACAAAGACGUGGCCAUGUGUGAAGGAUUCGAACAGAACAUCCACACUACAAAGGCUUUACCCUGCCAGCCAGCAACAGUCAUCUAUGGGCAUGCUGCUUCUCGGGGGCUGGAUGUCAAGCGCUGGACAAUCGGCAUAGAUUCGGGUUGCGUUUACGGGAAACGACUGACGGCGUUGGUCCUUGGCGGUAAAAAUAGCCAUGUCGACUUCACCGAGCUGGAGAGAGACAUUGACGACGUCAUGACCCGCUCCAUCAUUCCCUUUGGCGAUCGGGGGAGAGGCCAAAUCGUCAGUGUCUCGUGUGGCUCUUAGUAAUAUCCAUGUAAUCAUACUUUCAUCUUUGUAUAAUUAAUAAACUUCUAUCUCAUUAUAUCU